AAUAAGAAAGAUAACGAAGGAACAUGCGCAACGAGAGUUACGAGACGACUGAGCCAAGCGGCGAGUCGUAUUUUCAGGGGCGACAUCGACGAUUUGUCUCAAAAUAGAGGCAACCAGCACUUCCUUCAUUCGGCUACACCAUCACCACUCUUACAUGGAGAAAAAGGGAGUUUGUUUCAUACCAUUCCCAGUUUUCCUAAAAGGAAUCGGCAAUCGCUGGCUCCAAAAGCAUCCAAAGAUGUACCUUCCAGUUACCGAUAUCCUGCUAUGACAGAGAAGCCGAAAUGGUGGUGGAGAACUUUGGCCUGCCUCCCUUAUCUGAUGCCUCUUCAUGAGACAUGGAUGUAUGCUGAAACAGCGUAUCAUCUACAUCCUUUUCUAGAGGACUUUGAGUUUCUAACAUAUCCUUUCUUGGGAGCAUUAGGGAGAUUACCGAGUUGGUUUCUGAUGGCAUACUUCUUUGUUGCUUACCUUGGAGUUGUGAGACGAAAGGAGUGGCCCCAUUUCUUUAGAUUCCACGUGGUUAUGGGCAUGUUGCUGGAGAUUGCCUUGCAGGUUAUUGGAACUGUGAGUCGAUGGAUGCCGCUUGCUGUCUACUGGGGCAAGGUUGGGAUGCAUUUCUGGACUGCUAUGGCAUUUGCGUAUUUGUUCACAGUGUUGGAGUGCAUAAGAUGUGCCCUUGCUGGGAUGUACUCCGACGUUCCAUUCGUGUGUGAUGCUGCUUACAUUCAGAUUCCGUACGACUAAUGACAGUAUGUGUAUUAUCAUUGUAAAAUAAGAUCAGACACUAGAAUGAGACCGGAUUUGUAAUUUUUGGUGCUUACUAUGUUGUGCUGUUUCUCUUUUGGAAUUUUGUAUAUCCUCGCAACCAGGAUUUAGCCUAUGUGGAUUGCUAGUUAUGAAUAGGGAUAUUGGUCUCUAAAAUCA